AGGAAACAAAUAAAAGGUGACUUUUUCCUGGACUGCUCUGUGCUACUAAGGUAAAUUUAAGCAACUCAGGCAAAUUAAAAGGAAAACAGAUCUCCUGUGAUAGAUGAUAAUGAGAGUUCAUUUUACUCGUGACUGCUUCUGCAAUAUGAGGAACUACUUAGGCUCUGUGGAAGGUGCAGUGAGGACUGGUGCUUUCUAAAAGCAGAAAUUUCAGAGACUCCUACUCAUUCAGAAGGGAGAAUAUACAUCUUUGCCACAAACUUUUUUGUUAGAGUGAAUGUGUCUCUGCUGUGCAUGGAACUGAGGGACUAACAGCAACAGAGCAGGCAGAGUGAACAGAUGUUGUUUAAUGCAGUUUCCUUGCUUCUGCUAUUUUUUGCUGAUUUUUCUUCAGUGUUCACACUAUGAUAAGUGGACUUAGAAUUAAAAUGCAACCAUGUGAUAAUUUUCUCUUACAUGAACCAAAAUGCAUCUGUUGAUUCGGUAACUGUUGAUCAGUUACAGUCUCUGUGCCUUAAACUGAAUAUUACAUACUUUCUUAUGGCCAGCAAUGAAACAGUGGUUGUGACUGCAAUGGAUACACCCUGUUUUCUUUCCUGCCCAAAGCCAGAAGGGACUUUCUCUGUAUGACAUGCAAACUGGUGGCUGUGCUGUAAGAAAAGAUACGUGGUCUGGAAGGACAAUUACAGACACUGUGGAGCACCAAAAAGGCUGAGGUGUUUUUGGAGAAUCAGAUCCAGGAAGCAUCACCAUCUCAAAGUCCAGAAAGGAACUGGUCACCAAGGAACCAGUUCAUAUUCAUAUCACGAGGAUGAGGAUGAAAUACUUUCCAUUCCGACAGUAACACAGGAGGAUAUUAAACAGUAGCUAAUAAAGACCGCCAUUUUUAAACUAGCAACUCCAGAUUAAAAAAACCUCCUGAAUGCAAGUUAAGAGUUGACUGAUGAGCUCUCUGGGUUGUUAAUGUUGAUUUUCAACAUGUCUUGGAACAGUGGGAAACUAGAGGAACUAGAAGAACCUUGGAAACUAGAGGAACCUUGGCUGUUCAUAGUCACCAGAGGCAAGAGGACCAGGUGGCAUUCUACACAGCUGUAAGCAAAAGUGGAAGGGAAGGCUGUGACUACUAGAGAGAAGAGGACUAGGAAGAACUGCACAAAGCUAGAUGUAGCCACUCGUUCUGUUCUUCAGCUGGAAACUGCAGAAAACAUCUCUGACAAUCAAGCUGGAUGAAUGGAAUGGAGAGUUGUAUGGGACAUACCUGCUAUUGGCUUUUCAGCCCAACCUACAAGGCAAUCAAGUAUGUGCACAAUGAGAUCUCCAACUGUCCAUGGAAGACUGAUGAUCCUUGUUGGGGAUUCUGUACUAAGAAGAAUGGAAAGAACAUUCUGCAAGAGACAACAGGAUGGUGUGCUGUCUUCCUGGAGACAAGAUACAGGAUGUCAUUCCAAGAUUGGUUAGGGUUCUGAGGUCAAUAGGCCAGGAACCACUGGACAUAGAUGCAUGUCAGCACUAAUGACAAUGCUUUGCAGGAUACCUCAGAGAAUAGAGAUGACUUCAGGGAACUCUGAAUGUUCCUGAAGAAAAAGAAUGUCCAAGUGAUCUUCUGACAGAGCUUUCCUAUCCCAUGAGUGAAGGAAGACAGAAGGCAGAAGAUUCUGGAAAUGUACAGCUGGCAUGUUCUGCCGGGGCACGGAGAAAUCUGAAGACCAACUUGUGUAAAUGGUGUGACUCCACCUCCCCAGUGUGUGAGGAAAAGGUGUGCUACAGCAACUGUAAUUUGAACUCCUAUUGUGAGAGUCCAUAUGAAAUCUGUGUGGCCAUAUGGAAGCAAGACAAUGACAGCAUUAAGAUCAGCACUCUGUGCCACAACCCACAGCUCCCAGUAGAAAAUGUAAUGGUUCCAAAUUACAACACCUCACGGUGCAUCAUGACCCAUCAGUCUAGUGAGGAAGGAAUAUUUUACAUCUGUGGUUGUGUGGAUGAACAGGAAUGCAACGAUAAACUAAUAUUUGAAAACCACACCAAUGGAUACUCCAUGCUGCAGAGCAAAGAGGUCAUUCCUGUAGCAGCAAUAAGCCUACUCCCCCCUCUGCUCGUGGCUGUCAUGAUAACGGUGAUAUUUUACCUCUGCCGCACCCAGAAGCAGAAAAAGAGAGCCAAGGACUGGGGCCAGAAGCACACACAGCACCAGGCUUUGCCCGAGCCAGGAAAAGCUGAUGAGGACGAUGAGAAAUUAUCUGUGAUGACAGACGACAAUCACUCCGGCAUGAGCUUCACCUGCACCAACAGCAUCAACCAUAACACCGAGCUGCUGCCCAUUGAGCUGGAUGAGAUAGUGGGGAAAGGCCAGUUUGCUGAGGUCUGGAGGGCCAAGCUGAACCACACCACUUCGGGGCAAUACGAGACAGUAGCUGUUAAGAUUUUCCCGUGCGAGGAAUAUUCCUCAUGGAAAAAUGAAAGCCAGAUCUUUACAGAUGCCAGCCUCAAGCAUGAGAGCGUCCUUCAAUUCCUUACAGCAGAGGACAGGGGGUCUGGGCCCCGGAAGGAAUACUGGCUCAUCACUGCCUACCAUAGAAGGGGCAACCUGAAGGACUAUCUGUCCCGACACAUUCUGAGCUGGAUAGACUUACAAAAAAUGGCCGGCUCCCUGGUGAACGGCGUGGCCCACCUGCACAGCGACUACACUGCCUGUGGCAGGCCAAAGAUCCCAGUCGCUCACCGGGAUAUCAAAAGCACCAACAUCCUGGUGAAGAGCGAGUGGGAGUGCGUGAUUUGUGAUUUUGGCAUUGCUCUAAAGCUAGACCCUUCCUUAACAGCAGACGACUUUGCUAACAGCGGGCAGGUUGGCACUGCCAGGUACAUGGCUCCUGAGGUUCUAGAGUCUAGAGUGAAUCUGGAAGACCUGGAGUCCUUCAAACAAAUGGACGUCUACUCCAUGGCCUUGGUUUUAUGGGAAUUGGCCUCCAGGUGUGAGGUUGUAGGAGAGGUAAAAAGUUACGAGCUACCUUUUGGGUCGAAAGUCCAGGAGCAACCCUGUGUGGAUACCAUGAGAGACAUUGUGCUGCAUGGCAGAGGGCGCCCAGAGAUACCUUGCAACUGGCUAGUGCAUCAGGGAAUGCACUUUCUGUGCGACACCAUCACAGAGUGUUGGGACCAUGACCCCGAGGCUCGCCUUACAGCCCACUGUGUGGCAGAGCGGUUCAAUCUGAUGGCACAAAUGGACUGUGAUGACAUCCUCAACAACAAUACAGACAAUGAAGGCAGCAAAACAGCCCAUCGAAGUGGGGAACAUCAAGCCAGUGACGGGAAUAGAAAUACCCAGUGACAGGAAGAAAUGAAAGCCUCGUAUCAAAAAGAAACAAGGAAAUUAAAGACAAGCACGUGGCUCUAAAAAAAUAAAUU